GUGAAAUAGGCAGGGAAGAUCAGAUUUCAAGCUAACAACGAGAAAAUGAGUCUGGACAGCAGUUCAAUGGUCCCAGUUAACUCCGGGCUAGAGAAUUUGAACUCUCCUGUUCUCUCUAAGAUUUGUGCGUGGGGUGUAAUGUUUGGGCUCUUUGCGGUUUCAUUAAUCGCUAUGGCUUAUGCUUGCUACCACAAGCAAAACGCUUCGAAUUCUUGCAUCGAAGAGCAAGAGAAACAAGGAAAGAAGCAAGUGUUGAAGCCAUUAGAUAUGGAACCAAAGAUUGUUGUUAUAAUGGCUAGUAAUGAUAACCCUACCUUCUUAGCCAAGCCAACCAAGAUCAAUGCAUGACCAAUAUUGUCUAGAAUAAUCAUGUCCAAAAUCGCUAGAUUUUUCUUCCGAUAUGUUUGUUCAUUGGGUUCGAUGCACAUGACGCCACCAUCUAACUUAACAUGUUUGAAGUACAUUUUUGUGUCAUCCUCUCUUAUCUUUGUAUCCAAACAAGUCCCAA